UCUCUCUCUCUCUCUCUCUCCCCGCUCUAGUAUGUUGGCCAACACACACACACUCUCUCUCUCUCUCCUUGCCUUUCCUUGUGCUAUCUCCCUUCAUAGCACACGGGCACGCGUACUAGGUGUGCAACCCCACAGGCUGUGUUUCAGGAGCAAUGAAGAAGUAGGAGGAGACGAAAAUCAUGUGGGGCAGUGGGCGCUAAAGUGGAGUAGUUAGUGUUGGUGUUAACUUGGUCUCUGUUCAUUGAGUAUUGCCGAUGUAGAUGGGAUGGAAGAGGGAGACAGGGAUGAGGGCAGGAUUUCAAGCAUCAGUAGAGCUUUGUGUAAUGAUGGCUCAUGCUUGGCUUUUGCAGCUGCGCUUGCAGAGGAAUUGUCCAGGAGUCCCAGACGGAGCAGAAACUGGAGGAGGUGGAUCUGAGCAGCCUGGACAUCCUAAGGAGACAUGAACAGUCCUCAGCUUUCUGCCUUCUGAACAACUGCCUUUUUCUUCACAGGCUGUGUGCUUCCUCAUUGGUGUCAUGGAGUUUGGUGGAGACAAGGCCCUGCACCCCCGGCUUCCUGCCAUUCACGAAGACUCUCAGCCAGCCAGUAAAACAGAAGGCUUAUUUAGACGACAAAAACACAGUCCAAGACAGGUCUUGCAGUGCUGAGGAAAAAAGUCACAUGUUAGAUUCUACUGCCCUUAUGCGAUGGAAAGCGAGCGAGAGGGAUGAGACUGCAAGCAGUGUUCAUGCCAGGUGCGCUUGCAAAGGAAUUGUUCUUCAGGAGCCCCAGCCCAGGGAGAAUCUGGCAGAAAUGGACGUGAGCAGCCUGGACAUCCUUCUGAAGAGACAUGAACAGUCCUCAGCUUUCUCUCUCCUGCAUAACUACACUUCACUACUUUUAGGGGCACGGCUAAAGCCCAAGAUAAAUGCAGGGAGGAGAAUUUCCCUAUCUUCUAAGCUGCUGAUCUUCCAGGACAGAGAGGAGCGGGUUCUUCUGAGCAGUGGCCUGCAACCAGGAAGGAGCCGUGUUUGCAGAGGGAUUGUCCAGGAGCCCAGACAGCGGAGAAACUGGAAGAAGUGAACCUGAGCAGCCUGGACAUCCUUGUAAGCAGAGAUGAAGAGUCCUCAGCUUUCUGCUUUCUCCAUGACUGGCUUACCACAGACAAAGAAGUCAAGGGUAAGAGCCCACCCCAGUUGUGAGAUGGAAAGCGCACAAGAGCCGUGAGACAGCGAGCAUUGCUGAUGCCAGGAUAUGCAGAUGCCGUCGAGCUGGAAGUGGAGCAGCCGUGACCAUCAGUGAGAUAAGUGUCUGGUUUGGGGAGGACUCUGGUAACGGCCCACCUGCCUCCAGGCUGAGACUUGUCGUUAGCUGGGGCUCAGUUUGUAGGAAAAGGUUCCUGAGUAGCUGUGGUUAGGAGGGAGACAAGGUCCCCAUUUCAAGG